AUGUCGGGGCGAAGGGCGUUGUCUCGAUUCGACAGAGUAAAUCAGUGGCUCCAGUUCGCUCGUCAAUGGCAUAUUGUCGAUGCUGAUCAUCAGGACGCAUUUCAACUAGGGAAACACGUGGCCACACAUCUUGCUGGGAAACACAAACCCAUUUGGCAUCCGGAGACGGACUGCGGUGAUCACGUGGUUGUUGUGAAUUGUCGGCACGUUGCCAUGCAUGGAUUCGACUGGAAGCACACUCUAUUCCAUUUCAAUAAGGAAUAUCCGAAAUCGAAGGCCGACAUUCCAGCCUGGCAGAUCCAUGAAUAUGACCCAUGUCGUAUAAUGUUUUUGGCUGUAUACAAGGCGUUGGGACAUAAUCUGAUUAGACGUAGUCACAUCCAACGGCUUCACCUUUUCCCUGGUACAGAUAUGCCAGAAUUUAUAAAGGAAAAUUUGGGUAGUCAGUUGGAGCAAGUGCAGCGAGUACCACGUCGAAGUGAUGAAUACAGUGCAGAAGAACGAGCACACUUUCCUAAACUUUUGAGGUUCCCUGCCAAUCACAUCGAAGAAUGGGAGCGUAGUAUACCUAAUCCGGGAAGAUAUGAGAAGAGAAACCCUUACGACAAGAAAGAGGCAUAUGUACAUAUCACAAGGUUACAUCAGUCUAGUACAAUGGCUCCGAUCGACUUGGAUCGAAAAAAGCAAGAUCGAGUCAUUGUCUUCGACCAGAGAAAAGGUGUAUAUGGAGUACGACUUAGACAUGGUCUAAAUCGUUUCACUCCAUGUCUGUUAGAGUCAGAUUUACUACAAUAA